AUGGCAGCGAAUGCGACAGGAUGGGCACAGCUGCGACAACAAGCCAGAGCGCAAGAGACGCAAGUUAGUACAACGGGAACCUUCUUUGGCCAAACAUAUAUACUUACGGGGGCAUGCUCUAGACCGAAUCUUUAUUCCACACUUACGCUCAGUUCGCGUCGAAAACGGACUUGGAGAAGACACCAAGCGGUGACGAGAAGCGGACAGAAGACCAACUAAACGAAAUAUUAGAAAAGGUAUGUCUACUGCACUGCUGGGAAACAGAGGUGUUGCGACUAACACUAACGCCUAGCGAUCAGCUCUGCUCUCCCAGCUUGCUCGCGUCCUCGACUCCGAACCUGUACCUUCCGCCCUGAAAUCGACGAAUCUCGCGCGACAUCGAGAAAUACUAACGCAACAUCGAACCGAAUACUCGCGACUGAAAUCCCAAGUCGCACACAACAGAGAACGAGCCAAUCUUCUCUCCAAUGUACGGAGCGAUAUCGAUGCGUACCGGUCUGCGCAAAACCCCGAAGCUGCGGAAGCGGAGUACAUGCUAAAUGAGAGGAGGAGGCUAGACAACAGCCACAACAUGACGGACUCUGUCUUGAGUCAAGCAUACGCCGUGAAUGAGAGCUUUGGCCUGCAACGGGAAAGCUUGACGAGCAUACAGAGGAGGAUAACAGGUGCCGCGGCGCAAAUUCCUGGGAUUAACGGGCUGAUGCAGAGGAUAGGGAGUAAGAAGAGGAGAGACGGGAUCAUUCUGGGGUCUUUCAUUGCGUUAUGCUUCCUCGUAGCAUGGUUCUUUUGGUAG